AUGGAAAGAAUAGCUGAUCGACCACGAAUAAAAAAUGGGAUUAAAACUAAUCAAGAUUUUAUCGGAUAUUGGCAAGAAUGGAAAAAUCAUAAUGUAACAAAACUUAUAAAGAUUUUAUGUGGUGAGACUGAAGCUAUUUUACAGUGUUGUAAAUUUUGGCAAGAAGCUUUUGUGUGUUGUAUGUAUCACUUUGGUCAAGAUUAUGAUAUAACAAAUAUACCUUCUAUAGUUAUAAAAUGUUUAAAGAAAUAUCCAAUAGAUCCGAAUAGCUUGAUAGAUAAUGCCUUGUUUAAAUUAUUGUUAGGAGAGAUAAUUCCAGGGUUAGGAUAUUGUGAAUUAAUAGAUUCCUGGUUGGCUGCACAUUUGGCUGAUAUUCUAAGCAAAUUUAAUAUAAUACCUAAAAAUAAAAUUUCAGCCUUUUCAACUGAGCUCCGAGAAUAUUAUCUGUUAAAUUAUGCAGAACUAUUAAUACACAAUCAAGUAUUAUGGCAAUUAGGAUUUGAAUAUUUAGAUCAUUGUGAAAUGCUUGGAGAAUCAUAUUUAUCAGAGCUUAUUGUUAAAGUUCCUAUUGAUUCAGAAAGAAAAGCAGCCAAAUUGUUAAAUAUUUGUAAAGCCAAAAAUUUAAAAGCUGAAGCCAGAAUUAUUUUAAAGGUUAUGGGCAAGAAAUGUUUAAAAAAUCAACGAUAUUCGUCAUCAAUCUUAUACCUUAUGCAAGCAGGUGAAACAGAAAAGGAAUAUGAACACGCAGGCAAAGAAUUAAUACAAUUAAUAAAAUCACAAGUAGCACCUAAAGCUUAUUGGCCAGCAUUGUUAGUCAAUGCGAUUCCUUUAUUAAAAUUAGAUAUACAUGAAAUUUGGCGUAUUUUACAAGAAAUUAUAGGGCCAUUACAACCUAUAGAAUGUUUAUUAACAAUUCAAAAAAUAAUGAAAUGGCAUAAUCAAACAAAUGAAUAUGAAACAUUGGAUGAGGAAUUAUCAAUUAUUCCUUAUUUAUGUACAAAAAAUAUUUCUAGAUUGUAA